AAUGAACAUUCCUUAACAUUAAUCUCUAGGAAGAGUAAAAAUGGCUAUGCAGUUAGUAAUAUUAUUGUGUCUAGUAACUUCAGCAUUUGCAGCCAAAGUGAAUGAAGCCUAUGGUGGUGACAUUACUGGAAGUCCAUUAGGGAUUGGCAUAUACCAAUACAGUUGCCCUGAAGCAGAGAAUAUAAUAUUCUCUUGGGUGGAACAAGCUGUCUCUAGUGACCCAAGAAUGGCAGCUUCAUUGCUUAGGCUUCAUUUUCAUGAUUGCUUUGUCAAUGGUUGUGAUGCUUCGGUUUUACUGGAUGACACAAAAAACUUUGUUGGUGAAAAAACGGCUGCUCCAAACGUGAAUUCACUUAGAGGAUUUGAAGUAAUCAAUGAAAUAAAAUCUGAAUUAGAACUUGUUUGUCCUCAAACUGUUUCUUGUGCUGACAUACUAGCAGCUGCUGCUCGAGAUUCGGUUCUUCUGUCAGGAGGACCAACUUGGGAGGUGCAAAUGGGAAGAAAAGAUAGUAUAACAGCUAGCAAGGAAGGGGCAAAUAAUAAUAUUCCAGGCCCAAAUUCAACUGUUGAUAUGCUUGUGGCCAAGUUUGAAAACGUUGGCCUUACACUUCAAGACAUGGUUGCCCUCUCAGGUGCUCACACAAUUGGAAAAGCUCGCUGCUCAACAUUUAGAUCUCGCUUACAAAGUAACGGCAUCUCAGACGGUCCAUAUGUUAACGCUGAAUUUGUUGCAUCAUUGCAACAGUUGUGCUCAGGACAAGAUAAUAGAAACCGAAUUGCACAUCUGGACCUGGCCACGCCCGCUACAUUCGAUAACCAGUACUAUAUUAAUCUUCUUUCUGGGGAAGGAUUGCUUCCAUCAGACCAGACUCUGGUGAAUGGGAAUGAUCAGACAAGACAGAUUGUCGAAACCUACGUAGAGAACCCAUUUGCUUUCUUUCAGGACUUCAAGAAUUCAAUGAUAAAAAUGGGAAGUUUGGGAUCAGUUACGCAGAGUAAUGGACAGAUUCGUAGGGACUGCCGAACUAUUAACUAAUUUAAUCCUAUGUAAACGCAGUAUGAUGGUUGUGUGCUAUUUCAUCAUUAGGAAAUAUUAUGUUAAGUGUACGAGAUGAUAAGGUACUAGUAACUAAUUAAUAACGAUUACUUGAAUUGAGCUUUGAGUAGCUUCUCUUUAUAACCAAAUGAUACAUUGCUUCCUUAA